GAGUGGAGAAAAUGUGAUUUUGUUUUAUUAACAGUAGAGGGCAGCAACACGGCACUAGGCUCAAAACAGCAUUAACAGAACAAGAGCAGCGGACUGUGACGACUUCCUUCACAACAAGCAGGCGGAAAUAGAGAAGGACGCGCAGUGACAGAAGUCAUAUAUGGUAUUGUUCGUGGAUAUUUGACAGAAUUGUACAAUGAAUAACUGCCUGAAACACUGGAAGGAAGCGGCCACUCUUAUUUUAACCGCAGGAAGCAGGUCCAGAGUGGGUAGCCUGUCGUCAGGGGCGCGAGAAACAGCCGCUGGAGCUCCGGUGCUGGGAAACAGUAGCACGGGCUCACGUCUGCCGAACCGGUCCGCAUUCGAUUACAAUGUCCUGCUGCUCAAAAGGAGCAAAAAGAGCGGAUUUAUGCCCAGCGCAUACGUGUUCCCGGGGGGUGUUGUGGACGCGUCGGAUUUUUCGAGCGAAUGGCUGGAUGUUUUUGCAUCCUUCAGGAACUCUCCAAACUUCGGUUUGAGAAAAGUCGAACAGGUCGCAGCGAGCAGACCUCCAAUCUUCGCCACCGACCGACUGAAGCUCGGGUCUCCCGUACCAGGUGAAGUGGCGUUCAGGAUCUGCGCCCUGAGGGAGACGUUUGAAGAGUCCGGCGUGCUGCUGGUGGUGUCGAAACAGAAAGGGGAGAGUUCUCCCGGAAGUCAGUCCCCGGUCUUAAAAACAAAUCUUCUGGACAGUGGUGAUCUCACCAAAUGGAGGAUUCUGGUGAAUCAAAACCCCUCCAACUUCAUACGGAUGUGUAAAGAGUUGGAGGUGCUGCCCAACAUCUGGGCUUUACACGAAUGGAGCAACUGGUUGACUCCCGUGGAAAAGUACGGCCGGGCCAGGUUUGACACCGCUUUCUUCAUCUGCUGCCUACAGGAGACGCCAGAAACGCUGCAGGACCAGAGGGAAAUCGUGCACUAUGAGUGGUCCACACCUACAGAUGUCCUACAGAGAUUCCAAGAACAAGAGUUUUGGCUCCCACCUCCUCAGUUCUAUGAGUUAAGCCGCUUGUGUCGCUACCCGUUACUGAACGACCUCCAUGUCUUUGCCAGCGGGCGGGGCACAAAGGGCUGUGAGCACUGGCAGCCUGUCCUUUGCACCAAAGAUGACCAGUACCUCUCAAUUCUGCCAGGCGACAGACUCUACCCGCUCGACGUUUCAGUAAACACUGAGGUAGAUGCGAGUAAAGAUCCUCGACCGAAGGAAGACAACUCCGGUUUGCACCGCAUGGUGGUGUUUGAUGCAUAUAAUAUCGCUUUACAGGUCACCAUCCAGCCCAAGUACAGCCACGUGCUGCCUGUAAUGGUGCCACCAACCCUCGACUCUCAGAGCAAACUCUGACUCGCUUCAAAACUCAAACGUUAUGACAGAAGCAUAUCAUGCACACGCUGCUGCAAGUAGCGUGCAAGAAAAUUAUUUUGCUGUUAAAGCAGGAGAGUAAAUGAUAUUUAGAUACCUCAACUACAUAGUACUAAGUUUGUACUUAUUUUAUAAUAAUUAUUAAAUAAUCUUUAAUGUUCUGAGUCUCAGCAGUGACGGUAAAUGAACAAAAACGUUAGCUUAAAUGCUGAGAAAGUUGGCAUUAGCAACGAAGCUACAAGUUUAUAAAAAUACAUUUUCAUGUGAUAAAACAUGAAAAUGUUUCUGUAAAGUUAGACCUGAGGUUAUUUGUCACUUUAGGUCCAACUCUUUGCUCUGAAAUAUUAUAGUUUUGGGGAAGUAUUUAUUAUUAAUGCCAUGGUUUUGAGUAACAAUGACACAGACUGGGGUCGCGGUCCAUGUUUUAGUGCCUUAUCAUGACAGAGUCAGUUAUAUAUGUAUAUAAACAUAUAUUUGUUUGUGUCGCAGUGUUGUUUGUAGAACAUGUCAAGUGUCAGACCUGGACUUUACUGAAGCUGCUUUCAUUGACAACAAUAUUUUUCUGUUACUUUGUAAAAUGAUAACAUUGAUGUUUUCAUGUUAAUAGUAACAAACCUUACGGCCACACAUGUCAUUUCCCUGUUGUUUCAUAAAUUACCUUUGC